AUGUUCAAUCAAUUGCCAUCCCGACCUAAGAAAAAUCCUAAAGAGAAUGCUAGUGCAGUGACCUUGAGAAGUGGUAAACAAUAUGACCCACCUAUCAUCCUUAAACCAAAAAUAGUGCCACCCGAACCACAAGAUGAUAACCCAGGAGAUGAAAUAGAGGCACCCAAGCCAAAUAAUCUUGUCCCACCAAAGCCUACAUUUAGCACACCACCACCUUUCCCAAGAAGAUUGAAAAAAACUAAGAAGGAAGAAGUUGACAAGGAAAUUCUUGAGACAUUCUGCAAGGUGGAAGUGAACAUUCCUCUUCUUGAUGCCAUUAAAAAAGUGCCCCGAUAUGCCAAGUCGAAUGCCUACCCAAGAGGUGUCAUUGAAGAUGUGCUAGUUCAAGUCAAUGAAUUGGUAUUUCCAGUAGAUUUCUAUGUUCUAAAUAUGGAAGAUGAUUCCAUCCUCUGCUCCACUCCAAUUUUGUUGGGAAGACCGUUCAUGAAAACUGCAAGAGCCAAGAUUGAUGUCCACAAGGGAACCUUGACUAUGGAAUUCGAUGGAAAGACAAUCAGAUUCAACAUUUUUUCGGCCAUGAGUGAAAAGUUUUCUAACGAGAUGGUGGAUGUCAUAACUACACUUAAUAACGACUUCAACAAGAUUUAUAAAAAGGUGGCGUAUGUGGAAUUGCCAUUCUUAACUGACAAAUUACAGCCAUCCAUUGUCCAAGCUCCUAUAAUUGAAUUGAAGACAAUGCCGAAUCAUCUAAAAUAUGCUUACUUGGGAGAGAAUGAAACAUUACCGGUCAUGAUUGCUAAAGAACUCGACCAAGUGCAAGAAGAAAAGUUUAUAAGGGUGCUCCGAGCUCACAGAACUGCUAUUACAUGGUCCAUUACUAACAUCAAGGGAAUUAGUCCUACUACAUGUAUCAGAAUCCUCCUAAAAGAAGGAGCUAAGCCAACACGUGAUGCACAACGAAGGCUAAACCCCCUUAUGAUGGAGGUAGUGAAUAAAGAAAUCUUGAAGCUUUUUGGUGUAGGCAUCAUUUACCCAAUCUCAUACAGCAAAUGGGUGAGCCAUGUUCAAGUAGUUCCAAAGAUAUUUGGGAUCACAAUAGUGAAAAAUGAAGACAAUGAGUUAGUGCCAACAAGAAUGCAAAUCGGGUGGCAAGUUUGCAUAGAUUACCGCAAGCUGAAUGCAGCGACAAGAAAAGAUCACUUCACAUUGCCAUUCAUUGAUCAGAUGCUUGAGAGGCUAGCAGGUCAUCCUUACUAUUGCUUUCACGAUGGGUAUUCUAAUAAUAUGUCUCCUCCAUCUCAAAUCUCUGACCCUUGUUCCUUUCUGUCGUAG